ACACAAACAUAACAGAAAAGUUUCAUUUACCAACAACUACAUAGUAGUAGUAUGUAUCAAUAAUUCAACAACCUAAGAGACUAAAAAAUCCAGAAAGUAAAAACCAAAACAUAAAAUCACAAUCCCCAACUUAAACAGACAGAAAAGAACACACCGGAGGAGCUUCGAGCUUCAUAAAUCAUAAUCACAAGUUAAGCCUCUUCCACGCGCUUCUUAGAGCGACUGAACCUUAGACCAGAAACACACCCUCUGAUGCAACAAUCCAUCACGCCCUGCCACUGCAUGUGGUUUUAAAUACUUUAACCACACUCACCUCUUUCUCUCUCUUUCUCUCUCGCGUUAAUAAACACAAUCAGUCUCUUUGUAGCACCCACUCUUGAUCGAACACCCCACGAGCCUCUCCAGCAUUUUCAAUCCUCUUCUUCUUUAUCCUUAUCGCUCUGAACCAAAACCUCCCCACUCCUCAAUUAUUUAUUUAUUUAUCUCUCCCACUUUUUCUUACACAUUUUCUCAAACACAUGGUACACGUUACUUUCCUCUAGCUCAACGCUCAACCCGCAAAUCACCCGGAGGAACUUCACCUCAAACUCAACCAUGGCCCUCGAAACGCUCCUUGUCAAGGUCAAAACCGCUAUAUCAAAUAGCUUCGACUCGGUUCCGCCCAAGCUGCUGAAGAAGAAACCCUCGUUCAAGUCCAAACCAAACGUCGGCGUGUUGGCGUUCGAGAUCGCCGGCGUCAUGUCGAAACUCCUCCAUCUCUGGCACUCGCUGUCCGACGCCACCAUCGUCCGCAUCCGAAACGACGCCGUCAACCUCGAAGGCGUGAGGAAGAUCAUCUCUAACGACGAGUCCUUCCUCCUCGGACUCGCCUGCGCCGAGUUCGCCGAGUCGCUCCGUGUCGUGGCGAACUCGGUGACCCGACUCGGCGUGCGCUGCGAGGACCCCAACCUGCGCUCCUUCCAGCGGGCCUUCCUCGAGUUCGCGGACUCGGGCUGCGACCCAAAAGAGUGGGCCCUUCCGGGCCCAAAAGAAAUCGAAUCAAAGCUCAAGAAAAUGGAGCGUUACGUGACGCUUACGGCAGCCCUCUACCGCGAAAUGGAGGAGCUCACGGUUCUGGAAAGCGGCUUUAGAAAAGCUCUGAUCCACGCUGACGCCAACAACGUUGGGAGUAAAGACCAGCAAAAACUCUAUGAACUUCAGCAGAAGAUUUUCUGGCAGAAGCAAGAGGUGAAGGAUCUCAAAGAAAGAUCCCUGUGGAGCAGGAGCUUCGACAGCGUUGUCGUGCUCCUUGUAAGGUUCAGUUUCACUGUUUUAGCUAGGAUUAAGGUUGUCUUCGGAAUCGGUCACCGCAUGCCUUGUCUGUCACGUACCUUAUCUACUUCGGCCACUGUUUAUCCAUCUGAUCAAAACCCUAAUGAUUUUGUUGUUUCUGGGUUAUUAGAGGAAGAGUCAAAGUUUGAUGAAGCGGUAAAUGAAGAUAUGGAAAGUGGGUUUUUUGAGGCCAACUCGAAGCUUCUUAAACCACCGGAGAGCACUUUGGGAGCUUCAGGUUUGGCUUUACACUAUGCAAAUUUGAUAAUAGUGAUGGAGAAGAUGAUAAAGUCACCUCACUUGGUUGGAGUAGAUGCAAGAGAUGAUUUAUAUGGUAUGUUGCCGAGGAGCAUAAGGUGGGGGUUGAGAGGGAGACUGAGAGGGGUGGGGUUUUGUGCUAGCGAUCCUGUUCUUGCUGGAGAAUGGAGAGACGCCUUGGGAAGGAUAUUGGGAUGGUUAUCACCUUUGGCACACAACAUGAUCAAAUGGCAAAAUGAGAGAAGCUUUGAACAACACAAUUUGGUGGCCAAGACCAAUGUAUUGCUGUUACAGACUUUGUUCUUCGCCAACAAAGAUAAGACUGAGGCUGCCAUAACUGAACUUCUGGUGGGGUUGAACUAUAUUUGGAGGUUUGAGAGGGAAAUGACUGCUAAGGCUUUGUUUGAAUGCGCCAAUUCUAAUGGGCUUUUGUUCAAGUUGAAUAAACCAGCUAAUGAGAUAUGAUGAGUUUCCUUUUGGUAAUCUUCCUUCAUAGAGACUCGAAUUUUGUCUCUGGAAAUUUAAUUUUAUAUAGGGUUGCAGAUUUUAGAUGAAUUGAACCGGUUGAUCGAUGAGUAUCAGAUCCUUCAGGUUAGUUUGCUUUGCUUCCAAUUAACCCACCAGGUCUGUAAAUGGAGUCAGUUAAUCGGCGUCUGUAAAUGAUAUAUGAUUUUUUAGUGACAUCAAAGUUCAAGAAAUGAAUUGUCCUUCUU